UGGACAGCGAGGUGCAGCGAACAGCAGACACGGCGCGUGGUGUGUGUUGGAGAGGUGGUUGAGAAACAGUGGCUGUCUAUGAAUGAAUUAGUCUAGUUUAAAAAGCAAUCGUUUUACGGUAAACUUACAGUAGGUGAGUGACUUGGGGUUAGUGUUGAGACACCUGGAGAAGCUCUUCAGGAAGAAGGGGGCACACAGUCUCCCAGCUUUACUGUACGCUACGUUCAGCUCACUGGAGACGUGUCCCCCUCUCUACAACAGGGAGACGUGUCCUGAGUGGACCUCAGCAGUGGAGCACCGUGAGCGGGAGGAAUGGACAGCCACCGGAAGGGCGGCGGCACAGGGGAGAGGAAGCACUGCAGUGGUGAGGAGGUCAGGGAGCGCCCGGAGAGCAACAAGAGUAGCAAGGAGCGUCGCAACCAGGCGGAGAAGGGCGAGAAGGAGCCAUGGGAAGGCCGGCGUAGCGGGGGAUGGGCGCUGAGCGAGCGGCUGGCCAUCAAUGUGUCGGGCAUGCGCUACGAAACGCAGCUGCGCACGCUGGCCCAGUUCCCGGACUCGCUCCUGGGUGACCCACGGCGGCGCCUCCGCUACUUCGACCCACUGCGCAACGAGCUCUUCCUGGACCGGAACCGGUUCUGCUUCGACGCCAUUCUCUACUUCUACCAGUCGGGCGGACGGCUGCGCCGGCCUGCCAAUGUCCCGCUGGACAUCUUCAUGGAUGAGCUGCGGUUCUAUGAGCUGGGGGACGACAUCAUGACUCGUUUCAAGGAGGACGAGGGCUUCCCGAAGGAGGAGGUCAAGCUGCUGCCCGAGCGCCCUCUGCAGAGGAAGCUGUGGAUGUUGUUCGAGCACCCGGAUUCGUCCAGCGGCGCCCGCAUCAUUGCCAUCGUCAGUGUCAUGGUCAUCGUGGUCUCCAUCGUCAUCUUCUGCCUGGAGACCCUGCCUGAGUUCAGGACAGAGAAAGAGCACAACUUGCACCAGCCCCACGCUGCCACACCCAACGGCACCAUGCUACCACCUCUGUCCUCGUCUCCCUUCGCUGACCCCUUCUUCAUGGUGGAGACCAUGUGCAUCUGCUGGUUCUCCUUCGAGCUGCUCAUGCGUUUUGCCUGCUGUCCCAGCAAGAUGCAGUUCUUCAAAGAUGUCAUGAACAUCAUCGACUUCUUCGCCAUCGUCCCCUACUUCGUCACGCUGUGGACGGAGCUCGUUCAGUCCCCAGGGGGCACGCCCAGCAUGUCUCUGGCCAUCAUCAGGGUCAUCCGUCUGGUGAGGGUCUUCCGGAUUUUCAAGCUGUCGCGUCACUCCAAGGGUCUGCAGAUCCUGGGUCAGACACUGAAGGCAAGCCUGAGGGAGCUCGCCCUGCUCAUCUUCUUCCUCUUUAUCGGAGUCAUCCUCUUCUCCAGCGCCGUCUACUUCGCUGAGGUUGACAACCAGGGCACGGCCUUUACCAGCAUCCCCGAGGCCUUCUGGUGGGCCGUGGUCUCCAUGACGACAGUCGGCUACGGCGACAUGUACCCGGAGACCGUGGGUGGGAAGCUGGUGGGGUCCAUGUGCGCUAUUGCCGGCGUGCUGACCAUCUCUCUGCCUGUGCCCGUCAUUGUGUCCAACUUCAGCUACUUCUACCACCGCGAGAUGGAGUGCGAGGACAGCCAGGAGUACACGCACGUCAGCACCACGCUCUGGGAGAAGGACGAUGACAGUGAGGCAGAGGGCGAGAUCGAGGGCGAGGAAGGCUCAGAGGUGUCCCUGAGCGACUACGAGCCCUUGGAGGCUGGGGAGGUUUACAGGGGCAUCUGCGUGCCCAUGAAUGAGGCCCUUCUGGCUGGGCUGUAUGCGGGACAGGCAGGGGAUCAGAGGAUGGGCAACGUCUGCUUUCGGGAGCAGCUGGUCACCCAGGUGUAAGAAACCAGACAGACGGGGAGAGGGGGUGGGGAGAGGAGACUCGGGUCAACUGGACCAUACGUCUGCCGCUAUAACAAUCAGCUUUAUCCAAACUCUACCAAAUCUGGGUAGAAAGGAGGAAAAGGAUGAAGAGAAGGGAGAAGAUGAAGAGGAUGAAGGGAAGGGAGAGGAGGAUGAGGAGUUGUCAUCCAGUCACUGCAGAGCCAUUUGAACUGUGGCCUUUCAGAUCUAAACAUAUCACUUUUGUUACCCAAUCAAGGGAUUUUAUUUUCAUUCAUUUGUAUAACUAUUUAUCUAUCUAUAAAUGUCAUUGAGUAGUAGUUAUCUUUUUACUUAUUUGAGCACUCGUAUCAUUGUAAGUAUCUGUGUGGACAGUUUGAAUAGCGCUGACUGAAAUAAUGUGGCAUAGAUACGUUUUAAUGUAGAGGGCAGAAGCUGACCUGCUCUGGCACUGUUGCUAUGCCAAAGACAAAGCAAACACUCAGGAGAGAAUCACCAACAGCAAACGCCCAGGACAGAGUCACAGACAGCAAACGCCCAGGACAGAGUCACAGACAGCAAACGCUCAGGAGAUAAUCACAGACAGCAAACGUCCAGGACAGAGUCACCGACAGCAAACGCCCAGGACAGAGUCACAGACAGCAAACGCUCAGGAGAUAAACACUGACAGCAAGCGCCCAGGACAGAGUCACCGAGAGCAAACGCCCAGGAGAUAAUCACUGACAGCAAACCCCCAGGACAGAGUCACCGACAGCAAACUCUCAGGAGAUAAUCACUGACAGCAAACGCUCAGGAGAUAAUCACUGACAGCAAACGCCCAGGACAGAGUCACCGACAGCAAACGCCCAGGACAGAGUCACCGACAGCAAACAUCAAGGACAGAAUCACCGACAGCAAACAUCAAGGACAGUCACUUAAACCGCUUUUGAAGAAGGGACAGCUGAUCUGAUAAGUAUGAAUGAGCCGUUAUUCACAAAAAUGUUAUUUGUGCAUAUGUGCUGUAUGUAUGAGGAUGCACGUGUGUGUGUGUGUGUGUGUGUGUGUGUGUGUGUGUGUAUAUGCAUGUAUGUGUUUGCUUCUUAAGCUAACGUUAUAUCAGAAGUGUAUUUAGAUAAAGAAUCAGUGUGAACCUUAUAAAUGUAUAUUUAAUAAAAGAUUAUUUUGUCAAUAAA